UCGUCUCUUAGCAUAUUAUUUUCUUUAAGUGAUCAGCGAAAACGAAAAUCUCACGUGGUCGAUAAUCAUGUUUGUGAAUAUUGAAAAGCCAAGCCACUUUUCAAUAUUUUAACUUCAGUUACCACCGCAGUAGUUUUGCAGUAGUAAAUGCAGUGAUAAUAUGACGCAGGCAAGAAUCAGUGACCUGCUUAGACGAACCUGGUCGACAGCCUUUUAUUAUACCUCUGGAUACACUUUGGAGAAGCCACCCGAGAGGGAAACUUGUCCCGACCUACGUAACUGGGCGCUGGCCUCUCUAAAAUGGUCUGUUACCGAGAUCAUUGGUAGAAUGCAUCCGAAUCGGGAGAUUUUGCUUUUAGGUAACGCCCUCUGGGCCGGUGUGUCCUGGUUCGUCUUUUACACCGCGCUUCGUAUAACAUUUUUUCAAGGCUUGUACGAUAGUAACCUUCAGGCAGACAGAGCAACUCAGACAGUAGCUGCGCUUCAUAUUCCAAUGUAUGUGUGUGCGACCAGCAUGCAUAUUGUGUCUACCCUCGGCUUUAUAGCAGCGUUCAGAGAAAUUGAAUUUGCAUUGCACGUCUAUGGCCACUGUGUGGCCGUCGUGGCCCUUCUCAUGUGCGUCCUUCUGUUAAUCACCGCAGUGUCGGUCUUCGCGUUUCAUGCGGACAUACUUCAGCUGGCCACGUCAUUCGGCAUAAGUUUCUAUACCGAAAGCGACUCGUUUAAGAAGUUCGUGGACCGUCUUCAACAGGAACAUAAUUGCUGCGGCGUCUUUAGCUGGCGCGAUUGGGAUAAAAACAGUGUUUUCCGCUGUAAUGAAGACAAUCCGUCUAUAUAUCGCUGCCGCAUACCUGAGUCGUGCUGUAGACUGCUUGAUCUACCCCUCUGCUAUGAAAUGGUCCUGAAUCGGACUGCAGAAGAGGUGUUCAAGGCAAUCUUUCCUGCGCCAUGCUUAAAACAGGUCUCGUAUCUUAUCGAGCUUGAACAGAAAAGGUGGCUCAAGAUAUUCGCUUUUCUUUUGCUGUUUUUUGCCCUGUUAACCGCAACGGCUCGGGCUUGUUCAAGAACCCUCAGGCUGACCCACACUUGGGUAGGGAUUCUAAUCAGAUAUAUGUCAUAAACGUUGACCACAGUAUUGGAAACGUAUACAUAAACUUCAUUAAAAAAACGUAUUCACGAAACGACUUAUGAUAUUUUAACUACAACGUCAGUGUGACGUAAUCAUAAAUGUUUUACUUAGAAUAUAUUAGAAUGUAGUAAACAUAUCACGACGUACUCGGCUGCAGCAUCUAGCGUCUAGAAUCCGUCACCUUCAUCAUUUGAAAGUUACUCGCAAAAAGUUCGAUCAUUUUCUAUUAAAUCGAGGGCUCUCAGCUGCAGUUGCCCUUCCACCGGCUGUUGCAUUAUUUAAUUUUCGAUGAGUAAAAUUUACUUUAUACCGUGUAGAAC